AUGAGGAAAUUCUGGUGGACUCUAUUUGAUUGUUCCUUCCAUCCAAAUUCCAAAGGAGUGAAACGCUGCACUGGGGAGGAAGACCUGAGCAAAGCCCCUGGUUCCGUGUUUGAAAUGACCAUGUCUGGAGAGAGCUACAAUAUCUACAAUGCAGUUUAUUCUGUAGCACAUGCUCUGCAAGCAAUGCCUUCAAGAAGAGCAAAGCAAGCUGCAUUGAGGAAUCUGAAGGGAACAAAUCCUGAUUUUCAUUUUCAGCCAUGGCAGACUUAUGACGAACACAUCGUUUUGGUCCGCACAGUCUUGAAGAAACUCAGACUAAUGGGGCUUCCUGUUCGUGUUUCUGCUUUACGUCCGCCUAUUGACCCCCCACCUGCCCCCCUGUUGGUUGAUGGUGAACGUCAUUUUGAAGUUCGUGAGAUACUGGACUCUCGACGGCGACGUAAUCGAAUCCAGUACUUACUUCACUACUUUUUGAGAAACACUCGCUUUAAUAACAGUGCAGGAGAAGAAAUAUUUUUUGACGAGAAGGGGGAUUUCGAUCCAGGGUACGACAUCUUCAACUUGGUUGUCUUUCAGAAUAGAUCUUUCCAGAGAGUCCAUGUUGGAAGAAUGGACUCCAAAACUUUUGAUGGGAAAAUGUUCACUCUCAAUGAAAGUGCCAUUGUGUGGAAUCAUAAAUUUCAGCAGGUACCUCCUAAGGCCAGAUGUGUGGAGAGUUGUCUCCGGGGCUACAGCAGGGUUGUUGAGGAGGGAAAACAAUCUUGUUGCUACAGUUGCAGAAAAUGUCCCGAAGGAAGAAUAUCAGUGCAAACUGCAGAUGCAGAUCAAUGUGAGAGAUGCCCAGAAGAUCAAUAUUCAAAUGCAGAAAGAGAUCGGUGCCUUCCCAAACAUUUCAGCUAUUUAUCUUUUAGUGAACCAUUAGGAAUCACUCUGACUUCCUUGAUUCUUUUCUUUUCGGCAACCCUCAUUUUGGUGGCAUUGACUUUCUUUCUUCACUGGGACACCCCCAUUGUCAAAGCAAACAACAGAAACAUCACAUGUGUCCUUGUUUCUUCUCUUCUCCUUUGCUUUCUCUGUCCCUUUUUGUUCAUUGGUUGGCCUGGGAAAGUGACUUGCAUUCUCAGGCAAACAGUCUUUAGUAUCAUUUUCUCCAUCUCAAUUUCCUGUAUCUUGGCCAAAACCAUUACAGUCGUCCUAGCCUUUUUCGCCACCAAGCCAGGAAACACAAUGAGGAAGUGGCUAGGAAAAGGUCUGGAGAGAUCAGCCAUUGUCCUUGGCUCCUUCAUCCAAAUUGUUAUCUGUGGGGUGUGGUUGAUCGUAUCUCCUCCCUUCCCAGAAUUAGACAAGCAUUCACAGGUUGAGGAAAUUAUUGUGCAGUGUAAUGAAGGUUCAGAUAAAAUGUUCUAUAUUGUUCUGAGCUACUUGGGAUUGCUGGCCACCAUCAGUUUCAUUGUGGCAUUCUUUGCAAGGAAAUUACCAGACACUUUCAAUGAAGCCAAGCUGAUCACAUUCAGCAUGCUUGUAUUUUGCAGCAUUUGGGUGUCCUUCAUCCCAGCUUAUCUGAGCACCAAGGGGAAAUACAUGGUGGCUGUGGAGAUCUUCUCCAUCUUGACUUCUGCUGCAGGCCUACUGGGUUGCAUCUUUCUCCCCAAGUGCUACAUCAUUCUCGUGAAGCCACACCUUAACACAAAGCAACAUUUGACCCGAAGAUAA